GAGAAAUUGGGGGAAAAAUACAUUGAGAUUGGAAGAUUCUGGUUGGAGAGUCCCUCAGAUCUAGAAUCAAUCUUUCUCCGUGACGAUGUCGAGCGACAGCGACGAGGACGAGCUUCUCCAGAUGGCGCUGAAGGAGCAAUCGCAGCGCGAUCUCAACUACGGCAAAUCUCCCAACAAUUCCCGCAAGCCCGUCGCCAACUACGUCCAACACCCUAAGAAAACCGCUGCUCCGUCCAAGCAGGCCAAAACCAGAGUCCCCGACGACGACGACGAUUCCGAGAUCGAGAUGCUCAGCAUCUCCAGCGGCGACGAGGACAACGCCAAGGAUCCCGUCGCCGCCUCCAAGACCCGCGCCGCCCCCGCCGGAAGACCGCCGCCCAUGGACGAUGAUCGCGCCUGGGACGGCGACGAGCCUAGUCGCUGGAAGCACGUUAACGAGUCUGAGCUUGCUCGUAGGGUUCGUGAAAUGAGGGAAACAAGAACAGCACCUGUGGCUCAAAAGUUUGAAAGGAAACCUUCUGCAUUGGGGGUUAGAAAGGGGCUUACUUACUUACAGUCAUUCCCUCGUGGCAUGGAGUGUGUUGACCCACUGGGGUUGGGGAUCAUAGACAACAGAACACUAAGGUUGAUCACUGAGAAUUCAGACAGUUCUCCUAAGAUUGACAAGGAUAAUCAGGAUGGCAUGCUACGUGAAAAAUUGCUGUAUUUUUCGGAGAACUUUGAUGCAAAGCUCUUCUUAUCACGGAUACACAGUAAUACCAGUGCCGCUGAUCUGGAGGCUGGUGCACUUUCUUUGAAAACUGAUUUCAAAAGUCGUACCGAGCAGAGAAAGCAGUUGGUUAAGGACAACUUUGACUGCUUUGUUUCUUGCAAAACAACAAUUGAUGAUAUUGAGUCAAAGUUAAGGCGGAUUGAGGAAGACCCUGAAGGGUCUGGGACCUCUCAUUUGUUUGAAAUUAUUCAGGGAGUCAGUUUGCAGGCUAAUCGGGCUUUGAAGCCUUUAUUUGAGAGACAGGCUCAAGCAGAAAAAAUUAGGACUGUCCAAGGUAUGCUACAGAGGUUUCGGACGCUUUUCAACCUACCAAGUACUAUCCGUGGCAGCAUUAGCAAGGGUGAAUAUGAUUUGGCAGUCAGGGAGUACAAGAAGGCCAAAUCAAUUGCUCUGCCCUCCCAUAUUCAGGUAGGUAUCCUAAAACGUGUUCUCGAAGAGGUUGAGAAGGUGAUGAAUGAGUUCAAGUCUAUGCUUUUCAAGUCUAUGGAAGAUCCACAGAUAGAUCUGACAAAUCUUGAGAAUACUGUGAGGUUACUGUUGGAUUUGGAGCCGGAGUCAGAUCCAGUAUGGCAUUAUUUGAAUAUACAGAAUCAGAGAAUCCGUGGUCUGCUCGAGAAGUGUACUUUAGACCAUGAGUCUAGAAUGGAAAAUUUGCAUAAUGAGUUGCGUGAAAGGGCUCUUUCUGAUGCAAGAUGGAGGCAGAUUCAAGAAGAUAUGAAUGAAUCUUCAGAUAUCAACAACUAUCCUAUUGGUGAUACCUAUCCUACGGUCCAGUCUCAUCCAGCAGAUCUAACUGGUGAAGAGGUUGAUAGUUUAAGAGGAAGGUAUUUCCACAGAUUAACCGCUGUAAUCAUCCAUCAUAUACCAGCUUUCUGGAAGAUUGCACUCUCUAUUUUCAGUGGAAAAUUUGCCAAGUCUUCCCAAGUUCCCACUGAUUCAAAUUCCAACAGUUCUGCAAAUAAAAUCGAAGAAAAAGCUGGAGAUGGGAAAUACUCUGGUCAUUCUCUUGAUGAAGUUGCAGCAAUGAUAUGCAGCACAAUAUCACUGUAUGGAGGAAAGGUUACUAACAUUUUUCAUGAACUAGAGGAAUCAAAUGUCCUCCGGUCCUACAUGAGUGAUGCCAUAGAAGAUAUAUCUAAAGCAUGUGCAGCUUUGGAACUGAAGGAAGCUGCUCCGCCAAUUGCUGUUGGUGCUAUCCGAGCACUGCAAUCAGAAAUUAUAAGGAUUUACGUACUGAGGCUUUGCUCUUGGAUGCGAGCAUCUGUUGAAGAGGUUUCAAAGGAUGUGACAUGGGUUAUUGUUUCAAUUCUUGAAAGAAACAAAUCCCCAUAUGCAAUCUCAUACAUGCCUUUAAUGUUCCGUUCAGUUGUAGCCUCAGCAAUGGAUCAAAUCAAUUCAAUGCUUCAGUCCUUAAGUAAUGAGGCAACAAAGUCAGAGGAUAUGUUUAUGCAACUUCAAGAAGUUCAAGAAUCUGUCAGACUUGCAUUUCUAAACUGCUUUCUGGAUUUUGCUGGUAAUUUACAGAGUAUUGGAAUCGAACUUGGCCAAAAUAGAUCAGACAAAGAUGGCUCCCUGUUACCAAAUGGGUAUACACAUCAAUUGGAAGAAAAUUCUCUUUCUGAUCUUCAUGGAGGUGUUACUGAUCCCCAUCAACAGUUAUUGAUUGUUCUAAGCAAUAUUGGAUAUUGCAAAGAUGAACUUUCUUAUGAGUUGUAUGACAAAUAUAGACACAUAUGGCUGCAUUCCAGGGGGAAGGAUGAAGAAAACAGUGAUGUAAAAGAUCUUGGGAUAUGUUUCUCAGGGCUUGAAGAGAAGGUCCUGGAACAAUAUACUUUUGCAAAGGCAAACUUGAUCAGAUCUUCUGCCACAAAUUAUCUAUUGAAUUCUGGCAUUCAGUGGGGAGCAGCGCCUGCAGUUAAAGGUGUCCGUGAUGCAGCAGUUGAGUUGCUGCACACGUUGGUUGCUGUGCAUGCAGAGGUUUUUGCUGGUGCCAAACCUCUCUUGGAUAAAACACUUGGCAUUCUUGUAGAAGGCUUGAUUGACACAUUCAUCAGCAUUUUUCAUGAAAAUGAAAAUACAGAUCUUAGUGCACUUGAUACAAAUGGAUUCUGUCAGCUCAUGCUUGAGCUGGAGUACUUUGAGACUAUAUUAAACCCAUAUUUUACAUCUGAUGCAAGAGAUUCCUUGAAGUCUUUACAAGGAUUACUUUUGGAAAAAGCCACAGAGAGUGUGACUGAUGCUGUCGACAAUCCAGGACAUCAUCGUCGGCCAACUCGUGGUAGUGAAGAUGCAGUUGCAGAUGAUAAACAAGGAACAACUGUAUCACCCGAUGAGCUCAUUUCUCUUGCGCAGCAGUACAGCUCCGAGUUCCUUCACACAGAGCUUGAGAGGACACGCAUUAACACAGCGUGCUUUGCAGAAUCUAUUCCUUUGGACACUGUGCCAGAACCAGCCAAAUCUGCCUACUCUCCCUUCAGGAACUCGAUGGAUUCUCCUAGCAGAAACUACAGAGGUGCCCAUAACAUUGGAUCCUCUGGUUUCUCUCGGCAUAGACAUUCAUGAGUAUAAAUUAACACCCUUAUUCUUUAGUCUGUCUGCCAUUAUGUAUUUAUUGUAGUAUAUUUUUUGUUUAGUAGUUAAUGAAAAUUUGUAUUCUUUGCACUGUUAUCUCCUUGUAAAGGUGGAUGACAAUUACCACAUAAUGAGUUUUGGAAUGUAUGUCGGAGUUCCUGUAUGCCAACAGCCAACCCAAGUGCACUAAGUUUUGUCAUUUGAGUUUUAAAUGUGGAUUAUUUGUUUAGCUGAA